AAAUAGAAGAAAUGGGAGGAGAAGAAGAAACAGAAGAAGAAAAAGUAAGAGAAGAAGAAAUACAAGAAGAAGAGGGAGAAGAAGAAGAUGGUGGUAUAUUCAUACAGGAGCAAGCUGAGCACAUACCAGAUUUGCAGCUCUUUCAUCAACUAAAGAAUGAUGGUCACUAUAUAACUAUGGUAGAAGAGUGCGAUUAUCUUGGAUCAAAAAUAACACAGAUUCUACAUUCUGCCUGUAGCCAGCUAUAUGAAGAUGUUCGCUGCAAACAGGAAGAAGGUAUAUUACAAGAUCUAGAACAAUCUAAUUUUAACUUUGAUCUACCAAGACAUCAUCAUACAGAUAUUCACAUGAGUUCAGGAAAAUGUUUGAAGGCCAUUUCUGAGGAGGAGGAGUCUGGGCAAGUGUCCAGUGAUAGUCAAGAAGUUUAUCAAAGUGAAGAAGGAUUAAAAGAAUGCUUUACCAGUACCGCCAAAUCAAUGGUUGUGCAUAGUAGUAAUGAAAUGAAGGAGCAACGUGUGGACACAUACUCUGAUGAUCUACAAGUAAAAGCUGAACAACUGCUGGAUGAGGUUGUAAACCUGAGGACCAGUUUUGAGAUAGAAGAUAGCAAAUAUCAUUAUUCCAUUGAUCAGGAUGAGGAAUGUUGCAUUCUUGAUACUGGUGUAAUCUUUGAAGAGCAGAAAAAGGAUGGUCCUUCUGAGUCCUUUCCUUCUUUUUAUGAGGAGACUGAAGACACAACUUCAGUAAACAACAUAAAAGUGGAUGAUAUAACAAAUCCACAUGGAAUCAAAAAUGAUCCUCAGGAAAAGAUGAAAAAGCAAAAGCUGGAGCUUUCAUCCAACCAACAACCCAAUGAAUCAGAAAUCUUUUCUUCAUCAGGAAUCUUGGAGUUUUCUAAUGAAACACUUAAUGAAAAUAUUGAUGAAUCUGAAGAUAAUGAAGAAGAAACAAACAUUCUACUGACAAUGAGAUGUCCGACAGUGGAGAUUACUGGUUGCAGUGAUGAAGACAGCCAAGAACAAGAUGAUGAUGAUGAUGAUGACAUUGAAAUGAUUGGCCUUGAAUUAGUAGGCCUUAAAGAUGUCCAACAGCUACCAACUAAGGAAAAUGAAAGAAACAAUGUCAUUCAUUCCCAGCAAGGAGGCAAGUCAUCAGAUGAAGAAAAAUUGGCCCUGAAAGACGUCACUUUGUCAUCCUCAUCCUUUGAACUGUUGGAGAUGACAACCUUCUUAGCUGAUCCUGGUUGCCCCAAGAACGUGCAUCAGUAUCUGACAGAUGAUGAUAAAGCCACCCAGAGCCAUAAAAAAGAAGAUCUAGAGCAACAGAAAUCUAUGGACAUGUCUCACCCCGAUGAUUUCAUGCAGUUUUCACCAAAGAAUAUUGGUCCUGGGCUCUAUGACAAAGAAACCCAGAGUCGAGGUUACGCCAAACAGAAACAAGCGAUUCGAUUUCGAAAACAAAAUCCAGUCACACGUGCUAAUGUGAAAGAAGAUUCCAAGAGGAACAGUGACAGUGAGAGCAGCCUUGAGGAAGAGAUGCAAAUGAGAGAGGAUAAAAUGAAGAAGGCUUACCAUAUUAGAAAAGUAGGAGCAUCCAAGAAUUCCAGCUUCUUGCGAACCUUCCUGAGGAUUUGCCUGAUCAUCCUAUUGGGAACACUCUUGUUUUGGUGGGCUACUGACCAGCUGGAUGCUUCUUCCCUCCAGGAUUUCUUGCAGCUCUAAAACAUGAAACAAUGCUUUUCUGGCCCAAUGGUUUAUGUGUAGAAUUUUCUGAAACAUUUGUUGAUUGCAUGAAUACUGAAUUCAUCUGUAACUAGUGUUGUCAUCUAGUAAUAUAUAUUUUUUUUGGAUGAAUGGAGGGAUGGAUGGAGAUCCUUGUUUAGUUAAAAAGGGCUGCUGGUAAAUGGAGGUAAAACUAACAGCACAUACACUCUUAAAAAUAAAGGUGCCAAAGUGGUUCUGCAGAGCAAUGCCUUAAGGAAACUGUUUUUGGUUACCAAAUGAACCAUCUAUAUGAAGGUUCCAGAAAAAAGCUUUAUUUAUUUAGAACUGUAACAGGCUCCAUAAAUAGAUGGUAACAGAAAGAGUUUCUAAUUUUAAAAGAACUAUUGCUGCAUGCAAUCACAUAGGCUAAGUUCAAGUCUUUCUUGAUCUGUUAGUACCCUGCUAGGCCUACUAUAAUUUAAAGAUUUCUGUUUGGUCCGCAUAUUAGGAACUUUUUCAAAGCUCAAAGAACCAAUUUCAUACAUAAAGAACCCCUCUCAGAAUGAAAUGUUUAUCUGCCAAAGAUCCACACAACUCAGUAAAGUGCCAUUACAGAACUGUUACUAUUUUGAGAGUGCAAAGUGGUUCAUCAUUCAGCCAAUUUCUUGAUUAAUUUUUAAGUUGUUACAGUAAUAAACCUAGCAGUAUUUUCUACUAUGGAACAGAGCUCUAUAACUGCAAUUUUUAAUAAGGAUUACUGCUAUGACUAAUUAGUACAGUUAAAUUGGCCCUGUGCAGAAGUCAUUAUAGGCAUUACAAAGCCACCUGACACCCUUUCUGAGCAAACUCAUCUACUUACCCUUCCAUUUCUAUUACGAAAUGACAAACCAUAAAGUCUAAGUGCUUAAAAGGCCAUUUUCUUAGUUUCAUAGGUGACAACCCCAUCCUGGAGGCAGAACCAUAAUUGUCUCUGUUUUUAUUUCAGUAUGCUAACCCUUAUUCUUCAGAAAUUGUAUAUUUAUAGCUAGUAGUGAAGAAGGACACGAAACAAUGAAGAGGUUAAAACAUUUUGGAUCCACAUUUUUGGUUUUCUUAUGUUCUCAAGGCCUGAUUAAAUGCAUGUGUACUGUGCAUGAGACCUUAUUACUAGCUAGUUGUGCCACUCCAGGGGGUGCCCUCAUUUUUUUAAUCGCAUGUCUCAAGAAGAGCAGUGAGCACUUACCAAAUUGAUUGGUACUUCUGGGCAUGCUAUUAUGGUUUUAAAAUGACUUCUAGCCCUUCUAGCUACAAUACUCUGUUCAAUCUGUUCAAACUCUAAUUGGCAAUGUACAUGUUGUAACAGUUCAGAUAACCUGGAUUUAGCUUCCACUGCAGGCAUUUUGGGUAAAUACAUUUGUGCAUUACUGUAAUGUUGUGGGCAGCAAGGACUUUCAAUUCAACUUUCACACAGCUUUUAAGCAUUGGAGCAUGGCUUAUUUAUACACUUUGACUAGUAUAACAGUCACAGAGGAAGGGUGGUGUUGUCACCACCCUCUGACUUCAGGUCAGUGCCUCAACACCACUGCUUGACUCAGCCUUCUACAUAAUAUAAAUGCAUAUGCUGUGUGCUCAAACAAAUCAAUUUCCAGGGUAAAUAUUUAACAACUGGAAGGUUAAAAUCUAUAUAACCAGCACUAUCUGGAAUCUCUAAAUGAAAUAUUCCAAGACGGUCAGUGCAUACAGUCAAAGCUGUUGAUCUUUCUUGAAUUUUUUAUGGGCUUUUAUUUGUGAGCAAUAACUCAAAUCGUUACAAUCAUGUUACGUAGUAGUAUUGAUGGCAGACAUUUGGCCUAUUCACUGAUGUAGAGAAAAAUGAUUUUAGGCCUAUGAAUACUAUAAGAUGAUGACCAAGUAAUUGUGAAGUAAUCAUGCUGAAUUUGUUGGCACGCUUAAAAAUCUACACACAAUGGACCAGAUUUCCUAAAUGUUGGCCACAGAUCAAUUGCUGAAGACAAAACAAGAAUCACUUAAAGAAAAGGGGAAUUAGGGUUGCUUGCCUUCCAUUCUGAGUCCGAAUAUAACAUUCAUUUGUAGCAGGUAUUCUGGGGAUGUAAAUUAUAAAAUUACACAUGCACUUUCAAAUUUCCAUGUACAGUAAUUCUUAAGGGUGGCACAUGAAUGUUAAUGGGGCCACAUGUAUCUAUCAUCCUGGAUUCAAAUGCCAUGCCUGGUUGUUGUGUUGAUAUAUUUUGUACCUUCCAUACUGUGCCUGUGUGAACUUCCUCUGGGCACCCUGAUCUUGCUCUUACAACACCUAAGACAAAUUGUCAAUCUGUAAAUUGAGUGUGUGCAUUAGUAGGCUCAUUUUGCCCAGGGCCAUCUUGCCUCCAAAACUGCUAGGAUUGGCUCCAGAAUCCUGCAACCCUGAACUGAAUUAAGCAGGUCUGAAGAUUUUACGUUAGGCCACAGAAUUAUUAAAAGUGAUAGUGCAGCACUAAAAGGUAUUUGCAUGCAUUCUUACUACUUUUAAGAAAGGCGGUCUUGGAUUCAUGGGUGCAGAAUUUUUAAAAAGAUUUAAAAUGUAUAUGCACUGCUGUGAUCCCUAAUUUGGGAAAUAGAAGGGAGACAGGAUGAAGCAACUAGAAGUAUUCUUCUAUUCUGUAUUUGAUGUUUCUCAAUAUAAACUUACUGAAUAAAUGGCAGGUCAUUUUGUAAUGGUUUGUCUAGCAAUAAAAUUGAAUCCCAGUUGGGUUGUUCUCAUUAUUUUACAUGCAACAAUUUUGCUGUGUACCUACAAUAUAUAUAACAUACAGUAUUUUGCUUGAUAUAAAUAAUAUUCAGCAAUAAACCACCAGCUCUACUGGGGUCAUAAUCAUUUUUCUUUAUGUAUUCGUAUUCUUGUCAUAGUCCUUAUACUGUUGUGGUAAAAUUCAAAUUAACAUUGUGUUACUUUGCAGAAACUCGGAAAACUGGAAAGUUAUCUGUUGUUUAUUUGCAAAGUCAUGCUAAUGUGCCCUGCUUAACACAUUCAGCACAUAUUGCUUUAUGCCUCAAGUUUUUUUUAAAGCCGAAAUAUCAUCUGCAGGAUACCAGAGGGUUAUACUUUGCUUUUCUGUUGCAUUAUUGUUUCCUAAAAUGUCUUUAUGCUUUACUUACAUCAUUCAUCAUCUUAUCAAGCAGUUGUUAUUAUACAUUCUUCUGUAAUCAGGAAAAACAAAAACAGAUGCUUUUAAAAAUAUUAAAAUAAAUAUUUUUUUCAAAA